AUGUCGAAGAAAGGGCCUAAAGGAAAACAAAAUCUUGCGCCGGAGCACGAGCGGUUCCUGGCAUGUUGUGCUGAUAUUUCGCUAGAACUUAUUCAGAGUCUUCAGACGAACAAAGAUGUCAAUCUUAAUGGAUUGGUGGGCCGGCUGUCGAAGAAGUAUAAACUUAAGGCCCAGCCAAGGCUCACAGAUAUUAUUUCGUCGAUUCCCGACCAGUACAAGAAGUACUUAUUACCGAAACUCAAGGCCAAACCAGUAAGAACAGCGUCGGGUAUUGCUGUAGUGGCAGUCAUGUGUAAACCACACCGAUGUCCGCAUAUUGCGUACACUGGUAAUAUCUGUGUCUAUUGUCCAGGAGGACCGGAUUCCGACUUUGAAUACUCAACUCAGUCUUAUACCGGUUAUGAACCCACGUCGAUGCGUGCUAUUCGUGCCAGAUAUGAUCCCUACGAGCAGGCUCGAGGACGAAUCGAACAGCUGCGUCAGCUGGGUCACAGCAUCGACAAGGUCGAAUAUAUCAUCAUGGGAGGCACGUUCAUGUCGCUAUCUCAACAAUAUCGAGAAUCUUUCAUCGCCAAUCUUCAUAAUGCAUUAUCUGGACACACCAACACCGAAGAUGUCGAUGAAGCAGUUCUUUUCUCCCAGCAGUCUCAGACUAAAUGUGUUGGUAUCACUAUUGAGACAAGACCUGAUUACUGCACAGAAACACAUCUCAGUGAUAUGCUACGGUAUGGCUGUACCCGUCUUGAAAUCGGUGUACAGUCUGUAUAUGAAGAUGUCGCUCGUGAUACAAACCGUGGUCACACCGUCAAAGCAGUGUGUAAUACAUUUGCUCUUGCUAAGGAUGCGGGAUAUAAAGUUGUCAGUCAUAUGAUGCCCGAUCUGCCUAAUGUCGGCAUGGAGCGAGAUCUCGACCAGUUUAGAGAGUACUUUGAGAAUCCUGCUUUCCGAACUGACGGUCUCAAACUGUAUCCUACCCUGGUCAUUAGAGGUACUGGUCUGUACGAGCUGUGGAAAAACGGUCUUUACAAAUCGUAUAAUGCCAAUGCUCUUAUUGACUUGGUAGCUCGUAUUCUGGCAUUGGUCCCACCAUGGACCCGUAUUUAUAGAGUUCAGCGUGAUAUUCCAAUGCCAUUGGUGACUGCUGGUGUUGAGAAUGGUAAUCUACGAGAACUGGCUCUUGCCCGUAUGAAGGAUUUCGGUACCAAGUGUCGAGACGUGCGAGCUCGAGAAGUCGGAAUCCAAGAAGUGCAUCAUAAAGUACACCCAGACCAGGUCGAGCUCAUUCGACGUGAUUAUACUGCCAACGGCGGUUGGGAGACUUUCCUCAGUUAUGAAGACCCCAAACAAGACAUUCUCAUUGGUCUUUUAAGACUGCGUCUGUGUUCAGAAAAGACCACUUUCCGUCCCGAACUGACUUCUCAACGCACCUCGCUAGUUCGUGAACUCCACGUCUACGGAUCAGUGGUGCCUCUCCACUCGCGAGACCCCCGAAAGUUCCAGCACCAGGGUUUUGGCACCCUUCUAAUGGAAGAAGCCGAGCGCAUCGCCCGUGAAGAACACGGCUCCGAAAAACUCAGCGUUAUCUCCGGUGUUGGUGUCCGUAACUACUACGCCAAACUCGGCUACGAGCUCGAUGGGCCUUACAUGUCCAAAAUGUUAUAA